CUAACAUUCCGAAUGUUAAGAUAACAUUCCGUACGUUAGCGGAGUAGGCCUACGUACAAUCUGUACUAGCCCCGGUGGUGGCACGCCAGCAGGCCCCGCAGCUGCUGAUCCAGCUGCUCAGCGAGGACCAGGAUCAGUCUAUUUGGAUGGAUCCUAGUACAAAGCUGUGUAGAAAAUCCUGUAGAAAAUCGUGGAUCAAGGUUCUUGCCUUGCCAUUUUGGUCAAAAUAGAAGGGUUUUGAUUCCGCGUUCAAAAAUGUACCGUGUCCUACUGUCGUGACCUUUACCUACCUCCAGCGUGCUGAUCCAUCGUGCUGAUUCCAGCACGCUUUAGAACUGUUCUUUCAUUCUAAAGAAAAACUCGGUUCAAGCAACCGACAAUGGGAAUCGCUCCAUUUCAAGCACUUCCACUCACUCUUUCCUACUGUACUUGGUAUCAAUCGAUAUCUCUCUUCCACUGUCGAUUGAAAAAGCCCUGAACUGUAGCAAAGGACCCAGUAGAAGUAUUGUUUUGGUGUGUUACAGUACAGUAGCGACUCUUCCGACGAACAGCAUCCAGCAGUAUGAGCAAUGAUUAUGGAGGCUCACUGAUACGGAGGCUCGCUUGGUGAUACGGAGGCUCACUGAUACGGAUGAGCUGCUGAUACGGAGGACGAGUCGCUGAUACGGAUGAGCUGCUGAUACGGAGGACGAGUCGCUGAUACGGAUGAGCUGCUGAUACGGCGUCUGCUGAUACAGAGGCUCGCUGAUACGGAGGAGCCAGUGAUACGAGUCGCUGAUACGAGCCACUGAUACGGAGGAUGCUGAUACGAGGAUGCUGAUACGAGKAUGCUGAUACGAGGAUGCUGAUACGAGGAUGCUGAUACGAGGAUGCUGAUACGGACGAGGCUCGUUGAUACCGUGUCCGCUGAUACAGUGUCCUCCUCUGAUACGGUGUCCGCUGAUACGGAGGAUGCUGAUACGNGGAUGCUGAUACGGACGAGGCUCGUUGAUACCGUGUCCGCUGAUACAGUGUCCUCCUCUGAUACGGUGUCCGCUGAUACGGAGGAUGCUGAUACGGUAGCUCGCUGAUACAGAGGACGAGGAGUUGCUGAUACGGAGAUGCUGAUACGCAGGAUGCUGAUACGGACGCUCGCUGCUGAUACGGAGGAUGCAAGGGGGGGGGGGAAGGAGCUGAUUGCCGACGUCGGAAGCAAGUUGUUGUAAAAAAUAAGCCACACUAAUCAUACCAAAACAAUACUUCUACUGGGUCCUUUGCUACAGUUCAAGGCUUGUUCAAUCGAUAAUCAAAGAUAUCUAUCCAUUGAUACCAAGUACAGUGUAUGAGAUUGAGUGAAAGUGCUGCAAAUAGAGCAGAUUCCCAUGGUCGGUUGCUUUGAACCGAGUGUUUUGAUUGAAGAAUGAAAAGAACAGUUACUAUAGCGUGCUGGAGACAAGUUUUUAGGUACACAACAGUAGGCCUCAGUACAAUUUGAACGCUCGAUAAAAACCCAAGAUGCUGAACAGCAGCUGCUGGCCUGCCGGCGUGCCACCACCGGGGCUAGUACAGAUUCUACACGUAACGUGCGGAAUGUUAACUUAACAUUCCGUACGUUAAAUUAACGUUCCCAAUGCCUUAGUUAACCUAGUUUCAAUUGAUCUGCAACGCGUAGUACGGUACUACAGUACGGUACGUACUGUACUACUCGUACUUAAAACAGCAGGGAACAAUCCAAAAGAUGUCAUCUUCGACGCUCUUUGAUUGCCUUCAACAUUCUCGAAAAAUUGUAGGGUACCCCACGUAGAUGCUGAAAAGUACGGUACGAUACGGUAGCUUAGAAUACGUAGAGUUCAGUAAGUACUACUUCUAGUAAUUUUUAAUUUUUGAUUGUGUUGAAUGUACGACACGAUCAGGAAAUUUGAUCAAUCGAAGCUACCUGACACCAUAACAGAACGAAGUUGUAAAUAGUAUUACAUUCCAUGACUAACAAUUGGAUUGCUGCGAAACAGGAGCAAUCUUUCAUCGUCUUUCAGACAGAAGGAAUUGAGUUAGUUCUAUCAGCGUGUGAUGCAACGCAACGCAAGGUAGAAUCGAGUUGAGUUCGUUAAAAGUUGAAUCGAACCAAUCCUCUAGAAACACAACAAAUCUCGGACGCAAAGCAAAGAACAUUUUUCAGCGUUUACAGUUGUUUCAAUAGAAAAAAUUUAAGAGGAGAGAAAACAUAGCAAUAAUCACAAUGCAAGAACAACGUAGAAGUGUGCGAUAUGCCCUCCUCGCAGCGAUCCUAAUUAUGUCAGCCAAGAGAGCGUUGUGUCUGCAUUCCGUGCCAUCACAGGAAGGCGGAUCAGAGGAAGAAUACAGUAGUAGAAGUACGGAUGACAUGGUCAAUAACGAUACGAGCAGCAACUCGAGUGGGGCAGGGACUACCGGGAAAAUUCCCUUCGUUGGACCUUUACAUUCCUUCCAAUACCAAGACCCAUUCGCUAAGGGAUUUGAAAUUACUACGCGCGUGUACACGGAUCCACAGGAUAAACUAGCUCAUUUCGAUGACGUUCUCUCGAACGAUGAGACAUCAUCUAGCACUCCAGAAUCAUCGUUGCCUCCCACUGUUCCGAUUGUAUUGCCUUAUUGGGAAUGUGGUGUCUCUGGUUCUACAACUGUACCCGUUCCUCUGUCAUCUCUCACCAUCCGACACUUGUUGGGAGGAUCCAAACCAGGAUCCUUCGAAGAAGGAUGCGGUCGCGGGGACACUGUGGGUGUUGGCGGUGGAAUUGGGCGCGGUGGUGGUUCCAAUCACGACGAUACGCACCCACGAUUGGUCGUCCCCCUAACAUCACUCGAGAUUGUCUUAAAUUCGGGUCAAAUGCGUAUCUUCCAACCGGGUGAUGUCAUCCUGCUGGAAAACUGUUUGACAGGUGGCCAUAUAUUGCAAGGCCAUGAAGGGAACGAUAUGAUUGUUAUGCUGCUGACCCUUCCUCACGCAUACCAUCACGCCGGCAAAGAUCGGAAUUCUCUGUCUUCCAUUUUUGAAAACAACUUUUGGAAGCAAAGUCCGUGCAAGACGGGUCUUGUCGGUAACAACAACGACCGGACUGAAAGUCGAAAAAACAUCGUUGUUCCGUGGUCUCGAUCGUCUCGAAUUCGAAGACGACUUGGUCUUGGAAUCAUUGGAGCCGGAGUUUCACUUGCUAUGGCGGACUUUUUGGGCAAGGUCGCUCCCUUAGCCCUGGCGCUAGCCGCAGGAGGUGGUUUGGUGGCAGUCGGCGGCACGUAUAGUAUUAUUAGGCUCGGAGAAUAUGGUUUGGACGAACUGGAUUUCUGGCAUGAGCGGCGUCUUUUGAAACUUCAAGGUGGUAGCAGCACGCCUGUCAAUGACGGAAACGAAAAAGAAGACAAAGAUCAAGACUCAUAGAUGAACUACUAGAAAGAUAUCUACGCACACAAAACUAUCGAGCCACACGUUAUUUAUUUUCGACAUAGAGAAACUAAGCGAUUAAUACUCUUCA